GUUAGAUAGUUGAGUUAGACGGUUAAAUAAAAGAGGCACUAUUUGACAAACUGAUAAAUAUUCCGUCAGGAGUGCCCAUUUCAGCUGCAUGGUGAGUUUGUUGAUGCCACAACCGAAAGCUAUUACGUACACCAGCGCCUGCCUGAAUAAAACAGGCUUGUCGUGAUCAAAUCGAAAGUUCGAAUAUCCAGCGAAUGUCAUGUCUGGAUGUAGGAUUGCCCGAGGAUGUCAACGUUUAAGAAAACAAGACUUUCUCGAUAUGCUUAAGUAUAAGAAGAAUAUGAAACUUGGCAUAUUAUAUGGAGUUAUUCAGCUGUGUAUCAUCGGAUACCUAAUCGGGUGGGUUUUUGUCAUGAAGAAGAGCUAUCAAUCAGUAGAGGAGUCCAUACAGAGCUCUGUAGUCACCAAAGUGAAGGGAGUGGUAUCAAUCAAUUCCAGCGACACAGGAUUCAGUUUGUGGGGACCGGAGGACUAUGUAAUUCCACCUCAUGGUGACGCUAAUCUUUUCAUCAAAACCAAUUUCAUAGAAACACCAAAUCAGACAUUAGACUACUGUGCAGAAGUAAGUGCCUCUCUAACAGUGUUUACAAGCAGACAUGGUAGUGAUACGGUUCCGGAUGGCCGCUGUAGUGACGAUGAUGACUGCCCACCAGGAGAGGCAGUUAGAGCUGGUCAUGGAAUAAAGACUGGUCGGUGCUUGAAAAAGGACAGAAAUGACACUGGGACAUGUGAAAUACAUGGCUGGUGUCCAGUUGAAAGCAGUCAGAAAUCCCAUGUGCCGUGGCUAGGAAAAGCUGAAAACUUUACCAUCUAUAUCAAGAACUUCAUCAGAUUUCCAAGAUUCAGCUUCUCAAAAUCAAAUGUCCGUGAGACACAGGACAAGAGUUAUUUACAGAAGUGCAACUACGAUGAGUUGGUUCAUCCUUACUGUCCCAUCUUCCGUCUGGGGGAUAUUAUUAACAAAACUGGACACAGGUUUCAGGACAUGGCUCAAGCAGGUGGAGCGAUUGGGAUCCUGAUCAACUGGAACUGCAAUCUGGACAUUGGCUCGUCCCAGUGCCAUCCCAAAUACAGCUUCAUCCGUCUGGACUUUUACAGCUCUAUCACUACCUUUAAUUUCAGAUAUGCCCGCUAUUACAAGAAUGCAGCUGGACAGACCUACAGGACUUUAUUUAAGGUGUAUGGAAUUCGUUUCUACAUCAUGGUUCAUGGAAAGGCAGGGGAAUUCCGUAUUAUCCCCACCUUAAUUAACAUUGGAUCAGGACUUGCUCUACUGGGUGCUGGGAGUUUCCUCUGUGACGGAUUGCUUUGCAUCAUGAUGGGUCGGGCUGACCCCUCCAGAGGCGGCUAA